UGGGUCGGCGUUAGCCAUGGCGGCCGAGAUGGUGAUUAGGUGAGCGCACUUACGUAUUCGCAGAAUCAGAGUAUGUCGAUCACUCCCGCUAUCUAUUAGCAUCCCUCCCGUUGUAACGAAGUCUUCGUUCCGCACAAUGCGCUAGCCUCGAUGCCAUUCCUCGCUGCUGCCUUCACUCGUUACAGUUGCACUCGAUAAGCGAGUGGGAAGUCACAGUGCAAACGAUACGAAAUACCCGAUACUGUUUCGCGAAUCGUCUGCAGCAUUCUCUCGCGUGUUUCGUCUCAGUCGUUUUGGAGGCUCGCCUCGUCCUCCGGAGCUGCGUGCCAGCAGCGCGCCACCCGCGGGGACCGACUGCAACUGACCCGAUAGGCCUGGGACCGCGUUGCCUCUCCUCUCCAGUCGUCUGAUCCGUGCCGCCACUGCCCCCCCGGCGCCAUGGAUCGCGCGGGCGGGCCGUCGCGCAUGCGAGUGCAGCAGCAGCUGCAGCAGCCGCUGGUGGUGACCGUCAGCGCCAUCAUGGCCGCGUGCCUCGUGCUCAUGUACCUGCUCGUGUCGCGGCACCUGGCGAGCAUGGACCAGAUCGCCCUCGCGCUCACCGAGAGCAUAUCGGAGCAGACGACGAACCAAGCCAACGACCUGAAGCAGCUGGUGGCGGCCCUUGAGAACCACACGUACUCCGUGGCGGCGGCCGUCACGGACCACGUGGCCGUGCAGACCGUGCAGCUGCGCCAGCUGGCGGGCGAGCUGAGGAACCACUCGCACUUCGUGAGGGAGCACGUGAGCCAGCACGUGGACGCGCAGCAGGCGCAGCUGGGGGAGGUGGUGGCGGAGCUGCGGGCGCGCAUGGGCGAGGUGGCAUCCGCCGUGAUGGCGCCCCCAGCCUUCCCCCAACCCGAUGCCGCCAUCACCGCCUCCAACCUCACCCUGCUCGUCGCCGCCGGCCUCCGAUCGCAGCGGCGCACGGAGCAGGCGGUGGGCAAGCUCAUGGCGCAGGUCGCCAAGCUGACCGCCAGAGACGACGAGGAGGGCGGGCUGGCCACGCAGACGCUCAAGGAGGUGGUGUCGGCUGCCAAGAAGCAGAUGCAGCUCUCCAGGUCGCUGCAGGGCACGGUGGAGGGGCUGGCGGAGCGCGUGGAGGCGCAGGCGCAGCUGCGAGGCACAGAGGCGUCGCCACAGGAGGAGAAGAUCCUGGCGGUGCUGAAGGCGCUGGUGGCGCAUCUGAGGGCCAAGGAGAAGGCAGGCCUCGUGGACGCCGUGGCGCAGGGGCAGCGGCGCAUGGAGGGCGUGCUUGGGUCGCUGGUGGCGGAGGUGCGCAACAAGACGUCGUUCCUCAACCUGUUGCGCGCCGUGCGCGCGCAGACCGCCAUCGUCGCCAAGCUCGGCACGCGCAUCGCCAGCCUCGAGACUCGCGUGCUGCCGCCCACGGCCCUCGCCACCAAGGACGGCAUGGCCCUUGCUGCUGCUGCCGGCGGCGCUGGCGCUGGCGUGGGCGGCGCGGAGGCGUCAGUGGUGGUGGCGGCGGUGACGGAGACGGCGAGCGGCAUGGCGGUGGUGGUGCGCGAGGUGCAGCGGCAGAGCGAGGCGGUGCAGGAGGUGCAGGCGCUGCUAGAGGCCAGCCGCGGGGCCGACACGGUGCAGCUGGCCGUGAAGACGCACGCGGCGCUGCACGACCUGGUGCUGGCCGUGCGGCAGCAGGGCAAGCUGCUCGUCAGCCUCGACGGCCGCCUCGCGCACAUCGAGGGCCACGUGGGGGGCGCGGCGGGGGCCGGGGGGCAGGGCGAUGGCGAUGUGGCGCGGCUGGAGAGGGCGGUGGCGGCGGAGGCGGAGGGCAGCACGGACGUGCUGAAGGCUGCGGAGGAGGUGAUCGGGGGGAUGCAGGGCGGGCAGGCGCACGCAGGGGGGCAGCAGCAGGAGGGGCAGGGGGAGGAACAGGAGAAAAACGAACAGGGGCAGCAAGAGGGGCAGCAGGGGCAGCAGGAAGGGCAGCAAGCAAGUAAUGAAGAUUUGGCAGACCCCAGCAAGUGGUCGCAGCAUGCCUUCUCCGGCUCCCCCAGCUUCACUCGCUUCAGUGGGUACCGCAUGGGGGCGCGCAAGCUGGCAGCCGUGGGGUUUGGACCGACAGACCUGCAGCACACUCGUGCCGUGGGGGAUUGCAGUUGGCAAUCCCCCGACGCCGCUCUGCCGUGCACGGCAGCGCUCACCUACUCCCUUUCGCCCAGCCCUGGCCGCCACAGCGAGGUGGUGGUCACGGCGUCCUUCGCCGCCGAUGUGCCGCCCAUGGGGGGCCAUCUCACCGUCGCCAUCGAUGGCCAGCCCUUUGUCCUCUACAGUGAGCACCCAAACCAGCAUGUCUCGCUCGACCCACCCGCCUCUGACUUUCCCGCCGAGGUGCUCGUGUGCGCCCUGCCGCCCGAACCCGCCCACCCCGUGCCACUGCGCUCCCUUCGCGAGUUCCUUGAGUACUACCGCCUGGCGGGGGCGGCACGGAUUGUCCUGUAUGACAAUGGGGCAUGGCAGGAGGGCAGCGUGGGGGAGGAGGUGAGAGGCGAGGUGGAGCGGGGCGAGGUGGUGGUGGUGCCGUUCCAAGGGAGCCGCGACCACGAGCUGCACCGCCACGGCAAGACCCUAGCCCAGCACGACUGUGUGUGGGGCGCGGCGUUGUCAGCGCGCUGGGUGGUGCCCGCCGAGCUCAACGAGUUCCUCUUCGCCGGCGCCAUGCCCGCCGCGCUGCCCGCCUUCCUCCACGCGCACGCCUCUGCGCCCUUCCUCUCGCUGGGGUCGCUGUGGUGGGCGUCCGCCAAGUGCUCGCUGGACUUCCCUGCGGGCGACCAGGGCGGCGACAAGUUCACGUUGGAGCGCAUGGUGUUCCGCUGGCCGUGGCCCGUGUGCCACGACACCACUGCCUUCCCUGAUGCCAACCUCUGCCUGGGAGAGACGGGGUACCGCAAAGCCAUCGUGGACCCCAGGAAGGUGGAAGCCCUGGGUGCCUUUGAGGCGAGGGCGCUGCCCGAUUGGGGUGAGGGUGAGGACGUGCGCACGGACGUGGCGGUGUACAACCACAUGCAGGACCUCUUCGCCGACCCCUCCAAGUGGUGCUCCGAGCUCUUCAACGACGACCAGGGCCCUGACUGGUGGGUGAGGGACACGUACCUGCGGGACUACGGGCAGUCGCUCAGAGCCAAUCACGUCUGCCACUUUAAUAACGGCCAGUGCAAGCAGCUGUCGUGACAUCAAGCCACACUAGCUAAACUCCGUGGGUUCCAGUAUCUACGUUUGCGCUGAAUUCCCUAAAGAGAUUUACUGGCAUCUGCUUCUCUUUGCGAUUGCUUGCUUCUCGAGAACUUUCUGUGGCAUCUCAUAUCAUGGUGCAGCAAGUAAUAGCCUGUGCUCCAGGGCAGGGCUCCACAUAUCAGACGAAAUCAGUCUGAUGGUCUGAAAAGCAGACUCGUUUUUAAGGUUCAUCUGAUUUGUUAGACCACCCAUUUUCUCUCGUCUGAACGUUAAGACGGCUGUUUAAAUUUCGUCUGAAGAAAUAGAAUGCGUACAUUUUCGCCUGAAACUGACAAUUGUGGUUGGUAGAUGAUACAUGAAAACUCCGAAACAGGCAAAUUGUACUUGUUUGCCCACA